AUGUGCAGGCUUAGCGCCACAUGGAACCACCCUGACUUGGGAGGCCCAGAAUACAGACAUGCUGCUGCUCUAUUGCAACAACAUGGACUGGCUGUAGAAGACGGCCAUACUGCCUCGCCACGAGUGAUACGCUUCAAGAUGACGACUGACAAAACAAGCUCCUACUCUACUAUUCAGAAAGUCUCAGAGGACCAAGACUCUGUAAAGCCCUGUGACGAUGAAAAGAAGCAGAACACGAAUGCCCCCACAAUCAGCUCUGAGCAGCAGUCCAGCACGUCUCCUGGUCCGUCCGAGGAGUCCAGGGAAGAUGACAGGAUCCAAAGAUACAGAGCCUGCUUCAACCGAUGA